AUGGUUUGGCUGUACCACCAGAGCAUGAAUCACCGGAGGCAGUAUGAAUGUUGGACGCCACCAUCAACCUCAAUUGCUCCGCAGACGGAGGAGGAGUACCAGGACUUCUACGGCAAGGCUAAGAAGUACUUCUCCAAAGAGCAAAUCUUUGAUUGGGAUCCGCGAAAGAACACCUUGGAAGAGUUGUGCAACUUCCUGGGCAUUGAUCCCUGCAUCAAGAAGGGCAAGGUGCCCAAAGCCAUCAACACUUGGAUCUUUGAGCGUGAUUUUCCCAUCGCCGCCAAUGCGGUCAUCGUCUUGCGGCUGUUCCUACACUGGGUGAACUGGAAGCUGUUCGACGCGCUGCUGUCACUGCCCUUCUGGUUCUACCGCGCUUGGCGGGAACGGCCGAAAGUCGACUAG